GUGAAAAGAAUUGCGCGACCCCUUUCCGGAGCUGUCACCCAUAACACCCAGAAAACGCGAAACCUCACGACCAAGGCCGCGGCUUCAGACUGCGGCCCAGGAGACGGAUGGUGGGUGAUCCCGAGGGUCCUGGAGGCCAGGGGAGCAGGGAGCUGGUUCUCGGGAGAACCUAUUUGUUGGACUCCAAACACCCACAUUCCACUCGGAUCCAAGUUAUCUGAGAACUGAAACGACAUCCCGGGACGAACUGGAGAGGGUUCAACUGAUUUACACACUGGGGACUGGGGUUGGAGUUUCUCCCAAGCCCCAGGUCCCUUAUACGCCACCUUCGGCUCCCGCGCGGGUUGAGACGGUUGCGGCGGCAGCCAGACUCUGCUAAAAGGGCGGAGAUGAGAGAAGACGCGAGAUGGGGAGGAGGCCUAGAUCGCCCCGCACAAGCUCCAGUCCGGUUUUUGCCUCCGACUGCUUGCUCCGUCCCCACCCGCUGUCCCUCGCCCCGCCCCGCCCCGCCCCCCACCUUGGGGCAGGUGAGCCGCGGCCAAUGGGCGGGCUCGGGGCAGGUGCCCGCUAACUCUCGCCUCGCAUCGCGGUGGCCAAGCCAGGGCUGGACAGUGCUGGGAGGACCGGGGGCGGGGGUCGGUCCUGGCUGGACUCGGGAGGGAGGGGGCCGGGCUCAGCCCCCAGGCCGUAGAGGCAGCUCGCAGCAUCGCACGGAGCCCGCGCCAGUGCAGGCGCCGGGAGCUGCCCGCUCGGCCGCAGAGGCCGGCGAGCCUAGCUGCGCGCCGUGGCCCGACUCUCCGUUCACUGGCUCGCACACCCCUCGCCGCUCCGCGCCUGGCUCGUGGGCAGGGGCUGAGCGCGGGCGGGCGGGCGGGGGAGGUGAGGGGUGCUGGUGUGUGUGCAUGUGCCUGGCUGGGUGCACACCCCGCACGGCGGCGGCGCCAGGACGCGGAGCGCUCCCCAGCGCCCGGCUGCCUCGCUCGGCUCUGGCGGCCGCGACCAUGUUCCAGCCCACAGCCAAGCGCGGCUUUACCAUCGAGUCUUUGGUGGCCAAGGACGGCGGCACCGGCGGGGGCACUGGCGGCGGGGGUGCAGGCUCCCAUCCCCUGGCGGCGGCCGCCUCGGAGGAGCCGCUCCGGCCCACGGCGCUCAAUUACCCUCACCCCGGCGCGGCCGAAGCGGCCUUCGUGAGCGGCUUCCCCGCCGCCGCGGGCGCCGGCCGCUCGCUCUACGGCGGGCCCGAGCUCGUGUUCCCCGAGGCCAUGAACCACCCUGCGCUGACCGUGCACCCGGCGCACCAGCUGGGCGCCUCCCCGCUGCAGCCCCCGCACUCCUUCUUCGGCGCCCAGCACCGGGACCCUCUGCACUUCUAUCCCUGGGUGCUGCGAAACCGCUUCUUCGGCCACCGCUUUCAGGCGAGCGACGUGCCCCAGGACGGGCUGCUUCUGCACGGCCCCUUCGCGCGCAAGCCCAAGCGGAUCCGCACGGCCUUCUCGCCCUCGCAGCUUCUGCGACUGGAGCGUGCCUUCGAGAAGAACCACUACGUGGUGGGCGCCGAGCGGAAGCAGCUGGCCGGCAGCCUCAGCCUCUCCGAGACGCAGGUGAAGGUGUGGUUCCAGAACCGGAGGACAAAGUACAAGCGGCAGAAGCUGGAGGAAGAGGGGCCCGAGUCUGAGCAGAAGAAGAAGGGCUCCCACCACAUCAACCGGUGGCGCAUCGCCACGAAGCAGGCCAACGGGGAGGACAUCGACGUCACCUCCAAUGACUAGGGUGUGGGCGGUCACAAACCCACGAGGGCGGAGUGCUGCUUGCCGCUGGCCAGGCCCCUCGGCGGGCCCGGCAGGACUCUGGCCACUCCUUGGCCAGGCUGCGCGGAGGCCUCAAGUCACGGCCCCAGAGGGCUUGGAGCCUGGGGCCACCACCGACAGAGGGACAAGAAAUGGGCUGGCUGAGGCCCGGGACUGCUCGACCUUCUCCUCAGAGAGCCUGCCUGCCUGAGCAGGCUGCAGGCCACUGCAGCCUCCCAGCCACUCUCCAUUUCUCUUAUCUCCUUUUUGUUUUGAUGCGUUUCUGUUUUAAUUUAUUUUCCAGGCACCCGCUGUAGUUCUUAGUGAUCCCCUCGUGUCUCCCUUCCCUAUGGGAAUAAUAAAAGUCUCUCUCUUAAUGA